GGAAGACCGACAUAAAGCUCGAGAUCAAUCCUCUUCCGUUCCCACUCUCUCUCUCUCUCUUAACCCCACCCAAGAAAACUCUACCCCCAAAACAAGAAGCGCCUCUCUAUCUCUGUGUGUGUUAAAUCUACAAUACUAUACCCAAGAAUACUCUAGACACAUCCAUUCACUGUUGUUCUCUCUAUUCUUCUCUUUCUGUUUUCGUCUUCCUUUCUGAUAAUGUAAACACAUAAGAGCAAGGGAGUUGGUUCUUUUGGCUUUGAACUAUACCCAGAGGUUGAAUACAUGGGUUCGUGCAGCUUUCUUUCUGUGUUCUUUAUCUACUGUUUUUUGUCGAUUAGCUUGUGUUUGGCUGAAGAUCCGUUUGUCAACUACGAUUUUGAAGUCUCUUACAUUACUGCUUCUCCUCUUGGAGUACCCCAACAGGUUAUUGCUAUCAAUGGCCAUUUUCCAGGGCCUACUAUUAAUUCGACUACUAACAACAAUGUUGUUGUCAAUGUACACAACAAAUUAGACGAAGAACUUCUCAUGCAUUGGUCUGGUAUUCAACAGAGGAGGAGUUCUUGGCAAGAUGGGGUGCUUGGGACAAAUUGUCCAAUUCCUCCAAAGUGGAAUUGGACUUACCAGUUUCAAGUUAAGGACCAAAUUGGGAGCUUCUUCUACUUCCCUUCGCUCAAUUUUCAGAGAGCGUCGGGCGGUUAUGGUGGCUUUAUUAUUAAUAACAGGCCUAUAAUUCCAAUUCCUUUUGAUACCCCUUAUGGUGAUAUUACAAUAUUGAUUGGUGAUUGGUAUACCCGGAACCACACGGCUUUAAGGAGGGCCCUUAACGCCGGGAAAGAUCUUGGGAUGCCCGAUGGUGUUCUUAUUAAUGGGAAAGGCCCUUAUAGAUAUAACGAUACUCGUGUCCCUGAUGGUAUUGAUUAUGCAACAAUUGAAGUCCACCCAGGCAAAACUUACCGUCUUCGUGUGAGCAAUGUUGGGAUAUCAACCAGUUUGAAUUUCAGAAUUCAAAACCAUAACCUGCUUUUGGCAGAAACAGAGGGUUCAUAUACAGUGCAACAGAAUUAUACUAGUUUAGAUAUUCAUGUUGGACAAACAUACUCCUUCCUGAUAACCAUGGAUCAGAAUGCAAGUACAGAUUACUACAUUGUAGCAAGCCCCAGGUUUGUGAAUGAAUCACUUUGGCAAAGAGUUACAGGUGUUGCCAUCUUGCAAUAUUCGAAUUCAAAAGGAAAGGCAUCUGGUCCCCUCCCGGACCCGCCAAAUGAUCAAUAUGACAAAACCUUCUCAAUGAACCAGGCCAGGUCCAUCAGGUGGAAUGUGUCUGCUAGUGGUGCCCGGCCAAACCCACAAGGUUCAUUUAGAUAUGGAUCCAUCAAUGUGACUGAGGUAUAUGUGUUGAGAAACACACCGCCAGUGAUGAUUAAUGGGAAAAGGCGGACAGCACUUAGUGGGAUCUCAUUUGUCAAUCCCAAUACACCAAUCAGACUUGCUGACCAAUACAAACUGAAAGGAGUCUAUAAGCUUGAUUUCCCUAGUAGGCCUCUUACAGGCCCCCCUCGGAUGGAAACAUCAGUAAUUAAUGGUACAUACAGGGGAUUCAUGGAAAUAAUACUGCAGAACAACGACACCAAGGUGCAAACCUAUCACUUGAGCGGAUAUGCAUUUUUUAUGGUUGGGAUGGAUUUUGGUGAGUGGACAGAGAACAGCAGGGGCACAUAUAAUAAGUGGGAUGGAAUUGCUCGCAGCACAACACAGGUAUUUCCGGGGGCAUGGACAGCAAUCUUAGUCUCCCUCGACAAUGUUGGAAUCUGGAAUCUGAGAACUGAAAAUCUUGACUCGUGGUAUCUCGGUCAAGAAACAUAUGUCCGGGUUAUUAAUCCAGAGGCUACUAACAAAACAGAGUUGUCUAUCCCAGACAAUGCCCUCUUUUGUGGUGCCCUCAGCAAAUUGCAAAAGCCACAGGAUAUUUCUUUGGCCGCACCAAUUCUGGGCAUUGGAUCCAAGCUGUUCUUUACUGUUCUGAUGGUAACAUAUACAUUGAUUUCACUAUGAUGUGUCCUCUACGAUGCAUCCGGGAGCCCUGGUUUGCUUAGUGAGAUUUGUGGUUGGAGUGUUUAGGUAUUUGUGUAUUUCUAGUCUUGUUGAUAUGAACCAUUGUUGAUUUUUGACAUGUAUGUUUUCUAUCCCAUUGUACUAUUGCUCCCGGAGAUCGAUCCAUUUGGAAUUAACAUUCUUUUAUAAUUUAUGUAGUGAUGACAAUUUAUCAAUUUUAGAUGCAAAUUCAACCAG